GAACCCACAUAACAUAAAACAUCUGCAUCAUCACCUAAAAUAACAAGAACCAAGUCUUCAGAAAACGAGGCACCCACUAAGACAAAACAUACUAGCACACAAGUGAAAGAACUCAACUUAUGUAUUCUUAUAAAUACUUACAUUUCAACCAUCUCUGUACAACAGAUUCAUACAAAAAAAAAAUGGAACAAAAAACAACCCAAAAGAAGAAAACAAAAGAAAAGAGCAAAGACAACAACAAAAAGACCAAGUUCGUUGGAGUCAGGCAAAGGCCUUCAGGAAAAUGGGUGGCAGAGAUCAAAGACACCACACAAAAGAUACGAAUGUGGCUUGGAACCUUUGAAACCGCAGAAGAAGCUGCUCGAGCCUACGAUGAAGCUGCCUGUCUCUUACGUGGCUCCAAUACUCGCACCAAUUUCGCUAACCAUUUUCCAAACAACUCGCAGUUGUCUUUGAAGAUCAGAAACCUCCUUCACCAGAAGCAGAGCAUGAAACAACAACAACAAAAGCAACACAACAAACAUAUCUCUUCUAUCGCCGAAUGCAACAUCAAUUACACUUCGCCUGCUACUAGUCCGACGGCCAGUACCACGACCACAAUGAUGCCGCUCAAUGAUGUGUACCGCCCUGAUUCAACUAUCAUAUCACAACCAGAAACUGAAAGUAUCCACCUUCCUUACUCUUGUACCUUUGUCUCUGGAUUCAACCACCUGGUCCCUAUGACUCAUGGAGGGGAGGAAACGCAUGAACAUCUCAACAAUCCGUACUCAGCCGAUCAACAUUUGGGUCUAGCUGAUAUCGAAAGAGAAAUAUCUGCGUCCCUAUAUGCAAUGAAUGGAGCUACCACAUACUACAACAACAUGAAUGCAGAAUAUGCAAUUUUCGAUCCUACGGAUCCCAUUUGGGAUCUCCCUUCACUAUCUCAACUCUUCUGCCCUAUAUGAUCUCUUCUUCCAUUUCCUUUUCAAUUCAUGUAAAGUAGAACACAUCUCUACAAUAGU